AUGGCGACCAAUGAUGAAAACAUUGAAAUGAUUGAUUUAGAAAAUGUAAGCUCUGAGCUUGUUCAUCCAGUGCAAAACAGUUCUGAAGAUGUGCGUCCCCAAUCAUUCAAUCCGGAGCAUGUCAGUAAGGAACAAUUGCAAAAACAGCUUGUCUGCUCUGAUUCUAUACAAACACCGCUAGAUACUGCUUUUAAAGAGGAGGUUCAUACUCAGCCCAACAGUGCAAAUGUAGUGCGUUCUGGGCCUCUUAAUUCAACUGAAGCUAGCAAUGAAAUGUUCAAUUCAAAACCAGCUGAAAAGUUGCCAAGUGAGUCACAGUAUUCAAAUUCUCAAACAGAGCAUUCUUUGAUUGUCAAAUCCGAACAAGUUGAACCAGAGCCCAUGGAUUUGGGGGAAGCCAACUUGCAGAAUAUGGAUGAACAUGCUGAUCUCACCCAACCUGUUACCCUUGAGCUUGUGCAUUUGCCUCAAGCCGUUCUAGAGCCAGUUCAUUCGCAACCAGACGGGAUGAAACGUGUUAGCUCUCAAAGUCACGGAGCUGGACUUGCUUAUUCGCGUGCUUUUGGCAUGGAACUGGUUGAUACACAGCCUCUAAGCUCAGAAAUUUCUAAUACACAGCUAGAAACUUCCGAGACUCAGCCUAAUAAGCGCCGGAAGAAGUCUAUAGUCUGGGAGCACUUUACUAUUGAAUCUGUUGGUCCUGGCUGCCAAAGGGCGUAUUGUAAGGUGUGCAACCAGUCUUUUGCAUACAGUGAUGGUUCUAAGUAUUCUGGUACAAGCAACCUGCAGCGCCAUAUCGCAAAUGGGACUUGCUCUGUAGUCUUCCGUCAGCAGGAGAGGAAUCAGUCGUCCCCCUAUAUGCCGAAGAGCGGUGGAACCGAUGGGGGAAAUGGACAUCAAUCAAAAAGGCGUUAUCGCAGCUCUACUUCACCAUAUUUAAUAUUUGAUCAGGAUCGUUGCCGGCAGGCGAUUGCGAGAAUGAUCAUCAUGCAUGAUUACCCACUUUAUAUGGUUGAACAUCCGGGAUUUGUUUCGUUUGUCCAGAAUCUUCAGCCUCAUUUUGAUAUGGUCAGCUUUAACAUUGUACAAGGAGAUUGUGUUGCCAUUUUCUUGAGGGAAAAGCAAAAUCUUCAAAGGUUUAUUGCAGGGAUCCCAGGGAAAAUUUGUCUGACAGUGGAUUUGUGGACUUCAAGUCAAUCAACUGCUUAUGUUUUUGUUACUGGGCAAUUCAUCGACAGUGACUGGAAGCUACACAGGAGACUACUUAAUGUUGUAAUGGAGCCAUUUCCUGAAUCAGAUAGAGCUCUCAGCCAUGCUAUUGGUACUAGUCUAUCAGAUUGGGGAUUAGAUCGCAAAUUAGCCUCAAUUACUUUCAAUCAGGCACCAAGUGAAAAUGCACUUGAUCAGCUGAGGGCUUUGCUUGCAGUAAAAAACCCAAUGCUUCUUAAUGGCCAGUUAUUAAUACGGAGUUGCAUUGCUCGUACUUUGAGCAGCAUGGCCCAGGAAGUAAUAGCUUCUAGCGAGAAAACUAUCAAGAAAGUUAGGACGAGUGUCAAGUAUGUGAAGACAUCAGAAUCACACGAGGAAAAAUUCUCUGAGCUUAAGAAACAGUUUCAAGUACCAACUGAAAAGAGUCUUUCUCUUGACAACAUCACAAAAUGGAACACAACUUAUGAAAUGCUCCUUGCUGCUUCUGAGUUAAAGCAAGUCUUUUCUUGUUUAGAUACAUGUGACCUUGAUUACAAAGAUGCCCCUUCCAUGGAAGAUUGGAGGGAAGUUGAAAACAUUCUUAUGUAUCUUAAACUUCUGUUCGACACUGCGAAUUUGCUCAUGUCGGAACCCACUCCAUCAUCAAAUGUGUUCUUCCACGAGGUGUGGAAGAUCCAACUGGAGCUGGCACGUGCUACUGCAAGUGACGAUCUAUUUGUGGCUGGCCUUGCUAAGUCUCUGCAAGACAAGUUUCACAAGUACUGGAAGAAUUCUUGCCUGGUUUUAGCGGUUGCUGUGGCUAUGGAUCCCAGGUUUAAGAUGAAACUCGUGGAGUUCAGCUAUACCAAAAUCUUUAUGAACGAGGCUCCAGUUUACAUCCGGGUCGUCGAUGAAAGGCUCCACGAACUUUUUCAAGAGUAUCUAACUGUUCCUCUUCCAUUGACCCCUCUGGAGAACAAUAAUGUCGGCGAUGUUGGGGGAGAAGACCACCACCUUAACAACGUACUUUUUGACUUUGAUAUGUAUAUCAUGGAAACAAGCCAGCAGAUGAAGUCAGAGUUAGACCAGUAUCUGGAGGAGUCUCUCUUACCUAGGGUGCAGGAUUUCGAUGUGCUAGGUUGGUGGAAGCUUAAUAAACUCAAAUAUCCGACCCUUUCAAAGAUGGCUCGAGAUAUAUUGUCUGUGCCCCUGUCAACAGUUUCUCCUGAUGCAGUGUUCGCUAUUCCAAUGAACGAGAUGGAUUCGUAUCGCUGCUCCUUGAGGCCUGAAACUCUCGAGGCCCUCAUAUGUGCGAAAGACUGGUUGAAGACAGAUUCUAACAUAGUCUCAAAAGAGCUAGUGAAGAUGGGGCUCUGACUUUUAAAAUCUUGUAU